CCGCCUCGCGAAUUCUCAUCGCACAGCAGGGGAUAGCGAGAGCCACCACGGGGGCGGGGGUGGGUUUGCCCCUGCUUCUUCUCGUUGUUGGUCUCCUCAACGACCUGACGCGCGUGACAACGGCCGCGCUAGUGAUUGCCCAGCCGCAGGAUAGCGUUUAUCCAACCGGCGCUACCACGUCCGUUCGCCGUUUGUUGUCGCGCUCGCCCGAUCCUUCAUUCGUGCCGCGUCUGUUCCGAAGGGCGAUUAACCGCGCAUCCAGUCCUAACGAGGUCGGCUUCAAAGGUCACGCGUAUCGAGGAAUUCUGGAUCGUCUUACGCUGACGACGCGCCUUCCAUCUUCGUCCGCGCCGCCGUUGUCCUUGACGUCGUCGCUGUUGUCGUCAUCGUCCCUGCUAUUAUCAAGAUCAUCACCGCUGAAUGCUAUUGUUAUCGGACAUGAAAAUCGUCCCGCUUGUGACAAGGAGGGCCAAGAGAUCACAGUGCGACAGAGAAGAGCGAAACGAGUAUUGAUCGGCAAGAGGUCGAAGCGAAAAGAUCAACUCUCGGCAAAUUUUAUCGACCCUUGGCCGGAAACAUGGCAACGCAUUAACAAACGUCGUUUGCAGCUUCGCAAGGUGGAUUCCACAACGCUGAUCGAUGAUAAGAUUCACCCUGCAGUCCAGGCUUUCACCCCACCAUUAAAGCCCGCUUACAAGUUUGAGGAAUCAGUAUUACGUUCGGAGAAUUCCCCGCGAGAUAUUCUUGACGAGAGCGCUUCAAAGACAGCGACGACGACGACAACGGCGGUGACGACGAGAACCACCACGCGCAACUUGGUAUAUCAUGAUGCGACUCAGCGAAUUGAAAGAACUGCGAGUGAAGAAGAUGACGUCGAGAGAGUGACCGAGGACGCAGUGGAGGGUGAUAAGAACGGGCGGGAGUUGGUGCUCGUGAGGAACGAGGAUAAUGGUGCGAUUGUAGUUGGUAGUGAUAGUGUCAUUGAGUGGACUACGACAACAGUCGCCAGGCCGAUGUCAUCGUCGCGGUCGGCGUUCUCCGGAGACAAUGUGCAGGUGGCCGAGCGUGUAAAGGUGCGCGCGAAUUCCGAUCGAAGCUCACCGAGAGGCGUGGAGAUCGACGAACAGCGAAUCAAGGUCACUGUUGCACAGGAAGACUUGUCCGCAUCGUCGACAACAACAACGACGACGACGACGACUACGACGACGACGGCGACGACGACUACGACAACGACGACGACGACGACGACGACGACAACGACGACGACGACGUCGACGACGACGACGACAACGACGACGACGACGACGUCGCAGCGUCCACCGCUGACUCAAGACACCUCUAUGGAAGCAUUGGGUGCAAGCGGCUACAUCGUCUCGGCGGCGCUCGUGCUGAUAGUCGCACUGCUGGGUGUCCUGGCGACGAUAUCGCGUCAUCUUCAUCAUCGUCGGCUGCUGGUGCACGAGCCGGUUCCGCCCGGCUCCACCACUUCUCCUUCCGCCUCGAUUCUUCAUCACCAUCAUCGGCAUCACCAUCAUCGUCACCGUCAUCGUCACGAGGAGCCACCACCGCCGCCCUUACAGCGUUGUCUCCUGCUACAGGAUUAUUGCCGUCAUCCUGGUGCACCGAUGCUGUCGGUGAGCCAAGGAAUGGAGGUCGGCAGCAGCGGACGCGGAGCAACGGCGGAAAAUGACCCAACUGCCGGUGCGAUGGGCGGUGGAGUCGGCGGCGGUGAUGGCGGUGGCGGUGGCGGUGGCGAUACCAGAAGGCGCAGAGACGUACAGGAGGUGAUGAUCGCCGCGGCGAGAGAUCGUGCGAUUCGCGCGGACAGCGUCCGGCAGGAUCUUGCUCUCAACCUGCCGCCGCGACUGGAGCUCCCGGAUGGCGAGGAGCAUCCGUACGGGGCGCAUUUGGAUCUUCACCUCCGCAACCCGGAACAGGAGAGCGAAAUUUACCAGAAAUGCGUGCGGGCACCGCCAAAUCGCACGGUAUUUGACAGUGAGAGCCCGCCGCCUUACCGGACCCCACCGCCUAAUAGCAACCAGCACUUCCAUUCGGGACUGCUCGACAUGCCCGGCGAUCGGAUAACGCGGAGUCAGAGCCCCAGCAGCAGCAACUUGUUGUUGAAUACCGCCCGUUCGGUGUUCAAAAGGUUCCCGAGCCACGCGACGUCAUCGUCGGCGUCAGUGCCGAUCAGCAAGCCGCCCUUUUCCAGUUAUUCCGAGUCCAGUAGUAACAUGAGCAGUAAUCUGAGCAGUAGCAAUCUGUCCAACAUCACCGUGGUGCCCUGCGAGACCGACGAGAGUCGGCAAGAGCAGCAGCAACAGCAGCAGCAGCAGCAGCAGCAGCAGCAGCAGCAACAGCAGCAGCAGCAGCAGCAGCAGCAGCAACCGCAACACCAGCAACAGCAACUCCAUCAGAAGGUCUGAUCCGCGGCGUCCUUCUUCCUCGACGCCGUUGUCGUCAUUGUCACAGCCGCAUCGUCCGACUUUGAGAACGAGCGAUGGUUUUCGAGGUCAUUCUGCGCGACUGCAGCGUCAACGACGACGUCCUUCAAGACUGACUCACGGGAGUAGCUUCAAUAUAGGAUAAAUCUCAUCGGUCGUGCCCCAUUGUAUUCAGUAACGAGUGUUGCCCGCGCGCACUCGCGAGAAGAGAUAAUAUCUUCCCGGCCGGUGAUAUCCUUGUUGGAUCGUUCUUCCGAUGUUCUUCUAUAACAAGAGAGAGUAUGUAUGUGUGAGUGUGUAUAUGCGUGGGAGAGAGUGAACGAAAAAGAGAACAAGAUGAGAGGAUCGUCCGUUCGUGGCCUAAAGGGGAGGGCCGGCGAAGGUAUGGAGAAGCCGGCACUUGGUAAUGAUUGAGGAGUUAAAUCAGCCAACAACAUUGCGCUCAAUCGCCGUGCGUUGAUUCGCGCCUAUCCUCUUUUUUUUUUUCCACUAAGGGAGUUGACGCGCCGCCGCCGUCUCAUUGUGCAAUUCCACACGCGGCCAGUGUCUAUCCUAGAUCUCAAAUUAUUCCAAAGCGGUGGCACGCGAGGAUUACGAUGUUGCAUUGGGUAACGAUGCGAGAGCGGAUCAGAAGAAACCGGGGACAGGAGAGGCGGUCGAAAGCCCUGUGUGGAAAAACGGCGUUUUACCAACGCGCGACGCGAAGCGAUGGCCUAUCCCGAGACGAGAAGCUCCCUGUCCGGGAAUAACACGGCGAGAAGCUUCACUUGGCGAGAGAGGGAGAGAGAAAACAAGGCAGAGAAUCGAGGCUCACGACCUGCACGAUAUCGAUUGACGAAGCGGAUCCGCCGGUUUACCCUCGGUUCCAGCAUAUUCGACGGAGGCUCGAUCGUCGGACAUCGCGGAAGUUUGUUUAUUGCGACGAAAAGACUUAGUAAAUUAUUUAUUGUCGAUAUAACAUUUUAUUCGCGACGUACGGCUGCUGCGCGACGGUCGGACGGGGCGGAGUGCGGUUUUCACGCGAUGGUGGUUGUGGAAAAAAUAAAAACGGACGGACGGAACGCGAGUUGUGUGCGAGUGAAUCGUCGGUUUGAUUGUGCGAGUGCAAGAGCAGGCGUACGGUAAAUGCAAGCGCGCGUGUGCGGAACGGAGUAGUAGGAAAGACGCGCCGGAGGCGCGGCUAAUUGCAUGGUUGAGAGAUAAUAAAAAAAAGAAAGAAAGAAACGGAGAAAAAGCGGACGCGCGCGCGCAUGUAUGAUGUAUGCGUGCGAGGAGCUAUAGGGGGAUAAUGUAGUGCCAAGAGUGAAAACGGAAACUCUGUACAUAUUAGGCUAGGUAGUUCAAUAUCAAUAUACUUAUUACGACUAAAACGAUAUGCUACGUACCGAUUUAAAAGUAAAACAUCAAACAUACGUUACACACGCAUACCAUUAAAAAUAUAAAAUGGCGGCCAUACGAAACCAUGAUAGGACGCGCAACACUUGUCUCCGACAAGUUUCCGAUGGAAAUUUUACUCAACAUUGAUCUGACAGUGGGAUCUACGGGAUCCUCUCUCUCUUCUAACAACACAAUUGUAACAAAAAAAGCAAUACAAGUAAAUGCUAAACCAAGUUGUUCUUUUUCUUUAUUUGAAAAUUUCGUCCCGUUGCACUAAUCUUUCUGGUUAACUUUUGCUUUUAAUCGCUUCAACGCUUUGAUUGCUUUUAUCUUUCUAGAUGCACCUAUCGAUUUACGAUCAUAAAACGGAUGUAAAAAGAAAAAGAAAGGAAAUUGAGUUAAUCAAAUUGAAUCGAAUCGACUUUGAUGCAACUUAGCGAUCGAGCAUGACGUAUCAGGGUGCAUCGAGCAAAAACUGAAUGACUGCUGUUCAUUCGAUAAACAUGUUGCGCGGAGUACAUAUAGCGGCGCCGUGCAAAUAGCAAAUCAGUAAAAAAAUGUACGUCCCUUUCGUGUUCCGAAUGGCUCGCCCUGGAUCCGCGACAUAACGUUAUCAUUAUUAUUAUUCAAAUAGAUAAGGCCUCAGUUUUGACAAAACACAGGACGAGUUCUGUUCGGACGAGGAUUCGAGUUGGAUAACGCGUUUUAUGUCUUGCUUUAAAGCUUAACGAAUAACUGCACCUUCACAAAUAACAGCACAAUUUAUUCGCGAAAGUUAAUCGGAUGAGUUGCAAACUUCCAGGAUUUGCACCAACAAUACUGUAAUAAAUUGUGUUAAAUUAUAUAUAAAUUAUAUGUGGCCAUCUUGGAAACAUCUAUUAUUGUCUUUCAAAAAAUGUAUUUAAUUUUUAAAAGCAAAACACACGAACUAUGCACGUUUAUGCGGGAAAACAAGCGGAAACGCUUUGUCAAUUUCGAAUCUCAGUUUUGGGACAGAGCGAAUCACUCGAUUAUCUCAUGAGAAGUCACCAAUUAUUAUAACUGUAUUUUUUAAGAGUUUGCGACGCAGAGAGAAAUUGCAAUGAAAUUAUAUCGAUACGUUUCCCUUUGUGAUUAUGGGUCGUGCGUACGAGAAAUGCGCGAGACAAGGAAGGUGCCAUGCGUACAGCGGAAUAUCCUUCGUGUGCACUUCGUUGACGUUAAUUUCGCGAGCUUCCGCUUUAUUUCCGAGAAUAUACCGGACUGAUGUCUUUCGAUCUCCAUUUGGGAUUCUAUUAAGCGCACAAAAUUCUCACACCACUGUCUGUGCAUAAUCGCGACGCAAUUCUGUCAAAUCACUCAACACACGAUACGGCACAUUCAAACAUGCGUGAAGGCGUAACAUCUCGACGGCGAGAAACCUAGUGAUUGUUAAUGAAUUCUUUUUAAGCGAAAAGAGGGAAAAUUGUAAAUUGUAAUCUUCGGGAAAGCGUCUGGGCAAUUGGCGCAUGCAGCGACGUUAUUUCGUUUUAUGUUCUUAGUCGCUGUGUGGCGGACCGAGGGAGAAAAUAUCGUCUUUCUGUUUCACCUUUGAAAUGUGUUCACGCGCAUGCAAUAUUAGACGAUGAGAUUUAAUCGUAUUCUAUGUAAAGAAAUUAGCGCGUGCGGAGCGAAAUGACCAAAAAGAAAAAAAAUAUCGGGAAAAAUGUCUUUUUUUCUUCUUUUCGAUUUCACUUCUAUUGCUCUUUUUUCUCUUUUUUUUACCUUCUACUUGUUGUAAUUUCGUUCUCUCUCGCGUACACAUUGUGUAUAUAAUAUGUGACUGAGAAAACAAGAGAUUCUAACGAGCGAGAAGGAGAAAAUGAAAGGAGAGAACAAUAUAAAAGUGAAUCCGAGAAAAAAAAAGUAUAAUUCGAUGGGUCCUGUGCAAGUUUAUUUAAAUUUGCGUCGUUGUCGAUCUAGAUUAAAUUUAAAACACGACGACAUGAGCGCGAGAUAUUUUAGAAGAUAAGUUCUAGGCGAAGUGAAAUUUUUAGCAAGCUAUUGUCGAUUAUUAUUAUUGCUAUUGGACAUCGUGAUAUAUCUAGCAAUUUGUUAAUUGGGAUUUUGAGAGGUGCGAGACGUAUGAGUAUAAUCGUGGCCUUUCGACACGAGAGUGGGAGGAGAGGGAGAAAAUGAGAGGAAGGGAGAGGGCAAAAAGCGACGAAAAGCGAUUCGAAAUAAAAUAUCCUUUUGUAUCUGCUCGAAUUCACGGCUCAACAUUGGAGAUCGCUAUUUCAAGCGAUUUGAAAACUAAACAGACUCUGUAGAAAACGCAGAGUUUGUUUAGCAAACCGCUUAGUUCGCUAAAUUAUUACGCUUUGCAGCGCUGAAAAAGCAAAUUGAAUUAUAUAAUUAGUGCGCUCUAAAUCGUUCGUUCACGGGCUAUCGAGCCGGGUGAGUUUUGUGAAUAACUUUUAUCGAGUGCCGCAUUUCAAGCGUUGCGCAAAUAAGAUUCAUAAAAUUCAUUCUCAGCGAUCUCACCGCAAUGCGAAGCGCCGGCUUGAUCGUGACAUCGCCGCGAUUGUUGCAGUACACAACGUUUCCACCGUUUUACAACAGACGUUCAAAAGUCUGCUGCAAAGCGCAAGCGGAGAAGCGAUGAGAUAUUGGAGAUAACAUGGAAGCGAAGACUCAGUGGCCAAUUAGAUCUGUAAGAUCAGAGCGAUGAAAGAGUCAAGUUGAAGACACAUCCGCAAAACCAAUCUAAUUUUGACUGUUUUUUUCAAAUCGAGUUGAUGUAACGCGAAGGCUUCAAUCAGUCGUUCUAGUUCCGUCGUUUCAGUUCCGUUCUGACUUUUCUCAAUUGAAUGACUCUGACGGAUGCUUCUUUGACUGCCGAAAAAGAUCAGGUUCCACUUACUAUUUGAUCUUCCGUUGCUUUGAUGAGUUUUUGAAGGACGGAUGGAUGUGAAUCGAACUGCAGCUCUCGCCGAGUCAAAAUGAAGAUGUAAGAUCAAGCCGGCGGCUUGACAAUUAAUCUAGUCACGUUGAGCCGUGCGUCCGGUCGGGGAACCAUCGGUGCUGCCGAUUCGGGCAACACGUCGCCGACACUGUCGUCUUAUAUCGGCGAACUUAGCGGCGGAAAGGAUAAGAUUAUCUCUCUUAGACGCAAUGUGAUUUUCCAAGGUGUUCCAAAAUAACUCGUGUCCUCCCUCCGGCGAAAUUGCGAUACGGAGUGGAGCGGUUGCGGGGACUGACAAAGCGUUUCCCCCUUUUUUUAAAGCUUUUGUUUCUAAGUUAUAAUUAUAAUUGUACUGUUGAUAAGAUCGAUAUGUCUAGUCUCUCGCGACGGAAGGGAGAUCAAGAGCUUCGCCAUUGUUCCUCUCGCGAAAUUUAUCCCCAAGUCUUUCGACCGAUCAAUCCUCAUUUUUUCCCUUGCUUCUUUCUUCCCUCAAGUCAUCCUUGGUAUGUGCGAUUGUUUCGAUUUUUGCAACUUUACAUUCGUCAGUCGAGUUUGUCCACAAUCGAGAUUGUGCGCGGGCGAGAAAUAUUUGCGCUUUGCGCAAAGCUCUGAGCGGCAACGUAAAACUGAAAGACAGAUGCAAAAUUGCGAAGCGAACCAAACGAAUUCGUACUGAGGAAAGCAAUGUCUCGCCGUUAUUCAUAGGUGUAUUACGUCCUGCAAUCAGCCCCUCUCCGAUCGCACACUGAUAAGGGAAACUCAUGACAUGUGACUCACCGAUUCUUUUUUUUUUCGUUUUUGGCACGACUUCAACUGUUUCGUAUUCGCAAUAAAUGAAAAAGACUGGUCAAUUGUGUCUCAUGAGUUCCCCUUGUGAGUUUGAAAGUAUUAUUCAAAAAGGGAGGGAGAAAAAAGUGAACUGCAUUGCAGAAAAGUGUGAAGAGGGCGAACAGAAAGAAAAAAGGAUGCGUAGGUGGAAGAGAAAGCGCGAUAAGAAGCGACGAAAGUAAAAAUAAAAGACAGAACUUGUCGCGUCAUUCGAUAAGUUCACGUAAACAACAAACUGUUCAACUUUGAUGAUGCGCAAAAACGAGCGAACGAGCGAGUGAAUGAGUGAGCGAACGAACGAAGAGAGAGAAAGAGAGAGAGAGAGAGAAAGAUAGCAGAAAUCAGAACUCCUUUUUUUGCAAAAUAAUCGAUCGAUGUCGUAGAAAACAAUGUCCUUUAAAGUAGUAGAUCGCUUCUACCGAGAGUACCACGAAAGAAAAUCAAGAUACAAAGUAAAAAUCUCAUCUCGAAGGGAGUAAAAGAGUUUGCGUGGUUUGCCGCGAAAAGCAGAGAGAGAGAGAGUGAUGCAGACAGAAAGAAAGGAAAAAGAAAAAGAUGGCGCGAGAUUGUACCGCACUCGGGGAGAGGCGCGUCGUGCUUGCGAAAUUGCACGUUUCGAAUGCGAGUCACGUUCGUUCGCGCGCGCAUGGCAGGGCGAGAGAAAGAGAGGCAGAUGUAAAAGAGUUUUUUUAUACACUAUAGAGAGUUGUACCACACUAUCACAUAGGGAAAAAAAAGAAAAAAGACAUGUUCGUUAUUCAUUGCUCUGGCUUGCUAGAAAAAAAAAA